AUGGUGCUCACUCAACACCGAUACAAAGCUGUCGUUCACCUCGUUGAAAUCUUACUGAAGGCUGUUGCGCUAGCAGCCAAUGAGCCUUUCAAAGAUGAACUGCCCUCCAACAUUAUCUGGCCAGACGGGUCAUUUGCGAAGCGAAGGGGUGCUCCUAUUGAACUUGAACGCGCCUUGCACGUCAGUCGACGACCUCUUGCUAGUUCUCGGCAGUCCUCUGAAUCCGCUUUGUCCGAGAGAAGUCAAGAGAUCACGAUGGAGCUCAUUUGGUCUGUUCUCGCCGAUCUUGUUCUGGCUUCAACUAGUCGUCCUGCGGAGGAAGCGAAGCAAAUCAUGAACACCGUGCAUCAGAUCCUGGCGCUCAUUCACAAUUUGGGACUCGUCCCAGCGAAUAUCUACACUUACUGCCUCCCACAAGGUACGACAACCGUUCAACAGUCGCCGAUCGUUCAUCUCCUGAAUUCGAGAAUCCUGUCGACGCUUUCAGACGCUGUUUGGCAUGCCCAUCAGGAUGAGGUCACUGCGCGGUCCGGCAAAAUAGAGAGCAGUCCGUGGAAUAUCUUUCGAGAGCCACCCCCAAGUCGCCUGCGACCUAGGAGGCGCGAGCUUGGACCAGAAGUGUGGCUGGAGUUCAUCCUCUGGUGCUGCGUUGAAGCUGGAUUCGCCUCGACCGGAGCUCGCAUCGUCCGGUCAUUACAGACAGACGCAGGUGGCUCCUGGCACGCUAUUCACUGGCCCGACAAUCGAGUGCCUUCAGUCGACUGGGAUCAACAGACUCGCAGAGGACCUCUACAGGACGAAGAGGAAGUAUUCAACAGGGAACAGCUCCCGAGCGACUCUCCUGGGAAAUUUAUCAGCGCUGAAGUUGUUUUGGCUAUCGCUGACUGCCUGAUAAACAACGUUGGAGUGCCUGCUAUGCGCGGCCAAGUGCCUAUCAAAAUCCAAAACGAGAUCAAAGAGUUGAUAUCGUUUGCUGGACCGCACAGUCUUACGCCGGCAUAUUUUGACUAUCUGGCUGUUCGUCUUCUCCAGACUGAAAGCAUGUAUAAUGCGGACAAAGCUGAUUCUCUACGAAAAUUGGCAUCUACUAUUGCCCAGCUUCGGGGCCUACACCAAGUGGAGCAAAACCAUCGGCAGCGUUCAGGGCUUGACUUCGAUUCCAUCCUAGACCACUCUGAAGUUCAUGCUGGGAUUCUUCACCAGGCUCUGCAGGCCUGCAUCGAAGCGAAUCUUGUCAGAAAGGCGGUCGACACAUUCACAGAAAUCCAGAAGAUGGUUGACGGGAACAAACUCGAGGCCAUUGGAGAGUUCUUGUCUCUGUCCCUCAAUCCAGAAGAUGGAUUCUUUACUUCCAGGCAUGCCAAAGGUCAGGGCGAAUUCCUCAACACCUAUGGACAGCUUCCUACCUAUAAAUUGCCUCCGUUCCUCGAUCUGGUGAGCAAUGCGAAGUUGUUUGGCUUGGGAGAUUGGCUUCUAUUCUCCGAGGAUAUCGACGGACCGAUCUUGCCUUCUUCCACCUGGGGCAUGCCGUCUGUCGCCGCUGCGGUGACGCGCUAUGCGUCCGCCAAGAAUGACCCACUUCUGGUCAAACAUGUCUACAAUAUGAGCAGACGAUCGGGCCGAAAAUUGACUGUCAACGCCCUGAGGGCUUUAGUGGUGUAUCACAUCAAUGCGUGCGACUGGACCAAUGCUGUGCUCAAUCUCCGGGAACUACGUCGCGCUGAAGGAGGCGGCUAUAGUCCUAAGAUCGUCGCGAGUCUCGCAGCCAAGAUAUUAAGCCUGGAAGUCGACCCGGCGGUCAUGCUACAAGAAGAUGCUGAGUCUGAUCUCUCACAAGCUAUGCUACUGCUCAGUAAUAUUCUCGACGGUAUUUAUGACUCUUUGCCUGGUGCUUUCAGGAUCGACCAAAAGAAGACCUUCAGACAACAAGUGGGAUACCUCUUGCGACUCUUGGAAAACGUGCCGAACAGCGAAGUUUCGGACACUGUCACUCGAUUCAAGUCGAGAUACCCAGUCAGCAACGAGCCAAACCUCGCGGCGGACACUUUCAACGUGGUAUUUGCUGCAAUCGUCGAAGCCAAGGGUGUACUGGAAGGGUGCAAUAUCUGGCACUUAUUCUGCAAAGAUCCGAGGGACUACGCUACCUUGUCAGCUGGUGUGGUCGAUAGCCACGGCUUUGCAUUCGUGGACUACGCCACAGACGAGGAUGAAUAUGAAUUCUUCGACGGGGCCGCAAAUGAGGUAGCCAACGAUCCGGGCGGUGUCGGCGAACAUGAUGACGGCGAAUCGCCUCGAUUCUCCGACGUCAUCCGUCAUGCAGAACCUCAUAUUCCUGCUGCAAUCCCCGCUUCACUCAACAUCGAUGCCACGAUACUGAGCGAUGAGUUGGAGUUUGCCAACAACAGAAAUUGGAUCGAAGACGCCGACAUUCCUAUCGAGGCCCCGGAUGUGAAUGGGAAUUCGACACAGCUAGAUCUGAAUCCGAUCGUCAUUCCCAAUAUGCGCACCUUACAAAUCCUUGUCCGAGGAGCGCUGGCUGAAACACAAGCCAGAAAAGAGCGCAAAAUAGGCCAUCGUGACCUGGAUACAGUCCUCAAAUGGGCGGAACCAUUCUAUGGCGCGUUCAACCUGGCGCGUGAAGACAUCGAAACAGAAUUUCGGGUUUCCGAAUCCUUGCCGAAGAAAAUGAAAAUUGCCACAAAGCAUCGUCGAGCAGCAUACAGAUCAUCACGCGAGAAGUCCAAACUCGGCGUCGGCAAGCACUUUACGAAGGCAGUCUUCGUUCCUAGACGUCCUGGUUCUCAACAAGCAGUUCAGGAGACAAAGCCGGAUAUUCAGGCGAACGACACGGCUGAAGUCGCGGUAAAUAAAGCAGAUGAGGGAGUGGUUGGAGAUGAAAGCACGCCGGUUGAGCUGGAGUUACCGUCGCGUUUCAAGGUCCGGAAGUUUGCAACCUCUGUCCAGCACGCGUAG